CCAUUCUCUAUUUUCACUCCUUCACGUUGUUUCUCGCUGUACAUCUCCUUGGUACAUCUCUUGUGUACUUUUUUAAGAAGAUUUAAAAUUUUACAAAUUGCCGGAGGAUCACUUAGACGUCUGUCGUCUGAGCAACAACGUCGGGCCUGCAAGUGAAGACACCAAGUGUCCAACGAGCGUCAAAGUUUGAAGGUUGCGGAGAGCCUUGACCGGUUGUGCACCAAACACUUGGCAUACGCAAUGAAGCUUUCUGCAAGUAUUUUAGUCCUUUCAUGCCUGACCGUGGCCCAUUGUGAAGUUUUCACCGCUUUGGUGGAGAUGGAGGAGCUGUUGGACACUGAGGCCGUUCUGAUGCGGACACUCAGUAAUUACAUCGACGUUCAGGAGAAAAGGGUCGACACACUAAAGAGAAAAGCUGCUGAAUAUGCAAGAGAGCACGAAGAGGCAAGUGCGGACAUCUCAAAAUACCUAAACAAUCCUAUCAACGCUUACUUACUUGUCAAAAGACUUACUUCAGACUGGAGAGAUGUAGAAAAGCUCAUGGUGGACGACGUUGGCCAAGAAUUCACAGAUAGACUGACAGGAUACAGGGAAACUUUAAAGUUCCCAUCCGACGAAGAUCUGAAUGGAGCCGCAGUGGCUCUUAUGAGACUGCAGGACACUUAUCAUCUUAACACAGCCUCUGUUGCUAGGGGCGAACUCAAUGGCGUUCAGUACAGUACUGAAAUGUCUGCCGGCGACUGCUUUGAGCUGGGACGCCAGUCGUACAACAACGGUGACUACUACCACACAACUUUAUGGAUGAAUGAAGCUCUGGACAGACUGUCCGAAGAAACCAACAAGACUACAACAAGAGAGGACAUUCUUGAGUACUUGGCAUUCUCUACUUACAUGGAAGGAAACGUUCGAGCCGCUCUGCGUCUCACAGACGAGCUCUUGGAAAUUGUUCCAUCUCAUCAACGAGCCCAAGGAAACAAGGUCUACUACCAGCAAGCGUUGAGCGCAACGCCUGCAAAGCAAAGAAAAGGAGAAGAUGGAUCUGAUGAUGAAAACGUUGAUAAACAAUAUGCGUUCACUGAAAAGGCGUCGUCGAAACAAAAACGUUCCUCCGAUGAUGUUUUGCCUGAGCGGGAAAUGUACGAAGCUUUGUGCCGAGGAGAAGGUGAAGUCCCUCCAGCAAAGAUCGCCAAACUCAAGUGCCGCUACACUACUCGCAACAACCCUUACUUCAUUUUGUCCCCCAUCAAGGAGGAAGAGGCGUAUCACAAGCCCAACAUUUGGAUUUUGCACGACGUGAUGAAUGACGCUGAAAUUGCCACAAUCAAGAAAUUGGCCCAGCCUCGGUUCAAAAGAGCCACUGUCCAAAAUUAUAAAACGGGAGAGCUUGAAACUGCAAACUACCGCAUCAGUAAAUCUGCCUGGCUGAAGGGCGAGGAGCACCCCCACGUGGAAGCAGUAAAUCAAAGGGUAGAAGCGAUUACAGGACUGACAGUCACAACUGCGGAAGAGUUGCAAGUGGUUAACUACGGCAUCGGGGGCCACUACGAGCCUCACUUUGAUUUUGCCAGAAAGGAAGAAACAAACGCAUUCAAAAGUCUGGGUACUGGAAACAGAAUUGCGACAGUCCUCUUCUACAUGAGUGACGUUGCCCAAGGCGGAGCCACUGUUUUCCCACAUUUAAAUGUUGCUCUUUGGCCAACGAAAGGAAGUGCGGCCUUCUGGUACAAUCUGCACGCAAAUGGGGAAGGUGACUAUAUGACGAGACACGCAGCUUGCCCAGUUCUUGCAGGAUCCAAAUGGGUAUCAAACAAGUGGAUCCAUGAAAGAGGUCAGGAGUUCCGGAAACCUUGUGAUUUGACAUAUGAUUCAUAAGAACACCAUAGUUUAUAAUAUAUUAUUAACUUUUGAAAGAGGCCAUAUUAUGAGACCAGAAUAGGAAAUGAGGUUAAAUAAUUAAUGCCAUAUUAACCACUUUGUUUUCAACGCCACAAAAAUUUGACUAUACUUUUAUUCAACAAAAAAAUUUUUUUUUUAAUUUUGUAAGAGUAUUUGUCCUCAAGCUUGCAGGUUAAUUUCUAUGAUUGGCAGCCAAAACUUGGUUUAAGAAAAAAAAAAUACAGUUUAUAGGUGCCACAAUUUAAAACCGAAGAAGCCAUAUAUUAUUUUUUAAUCCUUUACAAGUCGAUUUCAAGUAAACUUGAUAGUAAAUUUGUCUUGUAAAAUGUCACAAAGAUAGCUGAUAUCAUUAAAUAUUUUUGUGUAAUAUUAUUUUGAUGGUGCAAAAUUUUCCUUUCUUUCUGUGCCAUGUUUAAAAAACUAUUCCAUAAUAAAUGACUGCAUUUAUUGUCUGUCGAUCUGCUGAGCACUUUAUCAGCUCAAAAAGUCAACUAACUUCUAUGAUGUGUAGCUUUUAGUCUCCAAUUUCAUGUGAACUCAAAAUAUAUUAUAAUUUACCAAUUUUAUAUAAUGAGAUGUAAUAUUCAUGACAAUUUUUAACAAGAAAAUAUAUAUCACAUA